AUGCAUUUAUGGCUUGGUGGCAAGGUGAUUGGCACUGAGGAAUCGGGUGGCAAUGUCACCAAAGGGCCAAAGCUUGGUGGCAAGGUGAUUGGCACUGAGGAAUCGGGUGGCAAUGUCGCCAAAGGGCCAAAGCGAAGUGAGCGAGUAGAAUGGCCCAGUGAUGCUGACAUGAAAACAAAAACAAACGAUCCGCAUUAUCUGAAAUGCCCAAUAAAAUACGAUUGGGAUAUUGCGUCGGGUGAAACGUCGUCGAAAGUCAUUGCAAAGAUUUCUUCAUUUCUUCAAGCAAAUGGUUUUGUUCGAAAUAAAAAAAUUACGAGAUGGAAAGCGAAAGCGAAGGAGAAGAAGGAGAAUGAGGAAGGCGAAGCAUCUUCUCAUCAUUCCGACCAAACAUCAGAAUUGGCAGUUCGUGAUAAAAGUAGUGAAAUUUGUGAAAAGUCGACUUCUCACAUUCGCAAGUCUUCAAGUGUUUGUAUUGGCUUGCAAUCAGUGUUGAGGAGAUUGCAGAGAAAUGAACUAUCCGCUAUAUUUAUUGAUUCGAGCGUCAUACAGCCAACAGCUAUUGCCACAACGUUAGGACUUGCUUCACAAAGUUUCAAGACUAAUUUCUAUGCUGUUGAGGGUUUAAGCGAUGCUUUAUCAGUAUCAUUAAAUAUGAAAAGUGUUUCUGCUGUUGGAUUAACUAAUUCUGCCGAUGUAGAAGAGAUUCGUUCUAUCGCUUCACUUCUGCUUGUUCCGCGAAGAUCUACCUUAUUCUCUACAUUGAACUCCACAUCAACUGAAUUAAUAGUGUCUGCUGGUAAAGGCGGUCAGUUUGCUAAUCUGCUUCGUGAUUUAUAA